AUGUGGAGAACGCAGAACGGGCGUGCAGUGGUCCGAGCCCUGGUCCUGGCCACUCUGUGGCUGGCCGUGGCUGGGCGUCCCCUGGUCCGGCGACCCCUGGCUCUGUCCGGUGAAGAGCCACUCGUUCUCUACGGUUGGGGCAAGAGUACCCGACUGCAGCACCUGUACGCCGCUGGUCCCCACAUCUCCAACUGCUUCGUGAAUAUCCGGAGCGACGGCUCCGUGGACUGCGAGGAUGAACAAAACGAACGAAGUUUGCUAGAGUUCCGCGCGGUGGCUUUGAAGACGAUUGCCAUCAAGGACGUCAGCAGCGUACGGUACCUCUGCAUGAGCGCGGACGGCAAGAUACGGGGGCUGAUUCGUUACUCGGAGGAAGAUUGCACCUUCAGGGAGGAGCUGGACUAUUUAGGCUACAACCAGUACAAAUCCCCGAAGCACCACCUCCACAUCGUCCUCCUCAGGUCCAAAGACAAGCAACAGCUCCAGGACAAAACCCCCUCAAACUUCAUCCCUGUGUUUCCCCGGUCCUUUUUGGAAGCCAGGGACCAGCUGGAGUCUAAACUGUUUCCUCUGCCCCUGGAUCCUGACAGCAUGGAUCCAUUCGGGAUGGUGGAAGACAUGGAGAUGAAGAGUCCCAGCUUCCAGAAGUGACAGACUUCCAGCAGGAUGAAGAAAACCCCAAUAGCCCAUGAAUUCCCCUUUAGGAGGAUGCGCUAGAAGCUGUACAUAUUCUAAGUCUCGUUGACCAUGUGUGGUUUUAGUGGCUAGACUUGAUCGUGAACCUAAAUUGACUACCUGCCCAGCUACCAUCCGAGUCCCACUGACUUAGGUGGCUGCUGACCUGUGGCUAGGUGACUCCAGCUGUUUGAAUACCUCCACUAAUGGGGAACUCACUCCUUUGAGACAUUCUUAAUUUUGAGCCAAAUCUGUGUGGUUCGGACAUUUUCAGCAGGGUAGCCAGAAAAUGUGAAGUCCACUUAAAAUUCGUGUGCAGGAGUUGGGUUCAGGAGUAUGUAUUGACUGGCUGGACCCUGUAGGGUCUCAAUUUGCCCCCAAGUGCCUCCUGGCUAGAACUGAGGGGGGAACAAAGGGCAGCCCGGAAAACCUUGGGAGCCUUGCAGGAUGAUUUUGAGAUUAAGAAUUCCAGCUGACCACUUAAUUCCCUUUCCCCUACUUCGAGAUGUCAGAUGGAAGUGACCCUCAGCCAGGCUUAGGAGUGGACCCCUCAGCUGAGUGGGUAGCCAGGCUGCCACCUGUGCCCCAGUAGUUUAUCUUGGUCACAUGCCUCCAGAUCUGCCCA